CCCGCCCCCUGCAGUGCUUCCAACAGCUGUCUCGCCCUCCCCGCAGCUGUCACCGCUGCCCCUACCUACCACUCAGUGCCCUGCUGGUCGUUGACAGGGGCCGGCGCCAUGGCGGCCGAGGCCCUGGCGGCCGAGGCCGUGGCUUCGCGCCUGGAGCGGCAAGAGGAGGACAUCCGCUGGUUGUGGGCGGAGGUCCAGCGCCUGAGGGACGAACAGCUAAACGCACCCGACCGGUGCCAGGCCGAAGGGCCGUGCCUCACGCGGGAGGUGGCGCAGCUCCGGGCCGAGAACCGCGACCUGCGCUACCGCCUGUACCGCUUGCGGGUGUGCCUCGCCGAAGAGCUGAGCCACCAGAUAAAGAUGGAAAGCGCGGCGCGGGCAGCGGCGGCGCAGGAGAACGCCGAGAACGCGGCUGCCGGCGCGCAGCCUCCUUCGAGUCAAAACCAAGAAAAGGACGUUAAAAAGAAGGAGGAGGAAAGGAAGCCUGAGAGUGAGGUGAAAAAUCAACCAAAUUUCAUAAAGGAAAGACUGAAACUUUUUGAAAUGUUGAAGAAAGAGCAUCAACUGUUAUCUGCCACUUAUGAAAAAAAGGGGAAUACAAGUAAUAUGAUCACAGUAAGACUGGCUGAUGGGAAAACAGUGCAAGGGGAAGUUUGGAAGACAACACCUUAUCAAGUGGCUGCUGAUAUUAGUCAAGAACUGGCUGAAAACGCAGUAAUAGCCAAAGUCAAUGGUGAAUUAUGGGACUUGGACCGUCCGCUGGAAAGGGAUUCCACGCUAGAGCUGCUCAUGUUUGAUAAUGAGGAAGCUCAAGCUGUGUACUGGCAUUCCAGCGCACACGUCCUUGGGGAGGCCAUGGAGCUCUACUACGGAGGCCAUUUGUGCCACGGUUUACCCGUUGACAACGGAUUUUAUUAUGACAUGUUCAUCGAAGACCGAGCAGUGUCCAGCACAGAACUACCAGCACUGGAGAACAUGUGUAAGACCAUCCUGCAAGAAAAGCAACCUUUUGAAAGAUUAGAAGUCAGCAAGGAGGUCCUCCUGGAAAUGUUUAAGUACAAUAAAUUUAAAUGCCGCAUCCUGAAUGAGAAGGUUAUGACGCCCACUACCACAGUUUACAGGUGCGGUUCACUGGUUGACCUUUGUGAAGGCCCCCACGUAAGACACACUGGGAAAAUUAAAACCAUAAAAAUUUUCAAGAAUUCCUCAACAUACUGGGAGGGCAACCCUGAAAUGGAAACACUGCAGAGAAUCCAUGGGAUAUCCUUUCCCGAUAACAAGAUGAUGAAAAGCUGGGAAAAGCUCCAAGAGGAAGCCAAGAAACGAGAUCACAGGAAAAUCGGGACGAAACAAGAACUUUUCUUUUUCCAUGAUCUGAGUCCUGGAAGCUGUUUUUUUCUUCCCAGAGGAGCCUUCAUUUAUAACACACUUAUGGAUUUCAUACGAGAGGAAUAUCACCGUCAGAAUUUCAUGGAGGUGCUCUCUCCCAACGUGUACAAUAACAAACUCUGGGAAGCCUCGGGCCACUGGCAGCAUUACAGAGAGAAGAUGUUUACCUUUGACAUUGAGAAGGACACUUUUGCCCUUAAACCCAUGAAUUGUCCAGGGCACUGUCUAAUGUUUGCCCAUCGUCCACGAUCCUGGAGGGAGAUGCCUAUUAGAUUUGCUGAUUUUGGAGUUCUUCAUAGAAAUGAACUGUCGGACACUUUAAGUGGCUUGACCCAAGUUAGACGCUUCCAGCAGGAUGACGCUCACAUCUUCUGCACAGUGGAGCAGAUUGAAGAAGAAAUAAAGGGGUGUUUGCAGUUUUUGCAGUCUGUUUACUCCACAUUUGGCUUCUCCUUUCAGUUGAAUUUGUCAACAAGGCCUGAAAACUUCUUAGGAGAGAUUGAGAUGUGGGAUGAAGCGGAAAGGCAAUUGCAGAACAGCUUGAUGGAAUUUGGAAAACCAUGGAAGAUGAACCCAGGACAUGGAGCAUUUUAUGGUCCUAAAAUUGAUAUAAAAAUAAAGGAUGCUAUUGGCAGAUACCACCAGUGUGCUACGAUCCAGCUGGACUUUCAACUGCCUGUUAGAUUUAAUCUUACAUAUGUUAGUAAGGAUGGGGAUGAUAAGAAGAACCCUGUGAUCAUUCAUCGAGCCAUUUUGGGGUCAGUGGAAAGGAUGAUAGCCAUUCUCUCAGAAAACUACGGAGGAAAAUGGCCUUUCUGGCUUUCUCCUCGUCAAGUAAUGGUCAUCCCUGUGGAGCCAACUUGUGAAAAAUAUGCACUUCAGGUAUCCAGUGAAUUUUUUGAAGAAGGAUUCAUGACCGAUGUUGAUUUAGAUCAUAGUUGCACACUAAAUAUGAAAAUACGAAAUGCGCAACUGGCUCAAUAUAAUUUUAUUUUGGUGGUUGGAGAGAACGAAAAAACAAAUAAUGCUGUAAACCUUCGAACAAGAGAGAACAAAAUUCAUGGAGAGAUUUCAGUCACUUCUGCCAUUGAUAAAUUGAAGAAUCUCAAGAUAUUACGUACAAUAAACGCUGAAGUAGAGUUUUGAAGUUCUUCCUCAUAGUCCCUUCUAUGUAACCUUGUUUUGACCCCUAAAAAUGCAUUUUUCUUAAUGUUAAAACUUCUUCUGAGAACUUUGGAGCCACCGACAGGUCCCCUGAUGGGUGUAGCGAGAAAGGAGACAAUGAAUGAGUAGCUGAUAUGUACAAGAGUUAAACUUUGUAAUCUCUGAAGACAAGAAGAGGACAAGCUGGGGAAACUUAAGUUUCCAAAUGUCGUGAGAAACUUAAAUGGCAAAAUGUUCAUCGAAAGAGGGAAAUACUAGAAAAUGAGAAUUGUUAGAUAUUACUGCUAAGAUUUGUAAUUUUGAAAAGAUGGGUUUCAAAUACAAGUCUGCAAAGCUUUUUGGAAUAUGGCAAAAAAUAACAUGAUGCUAAUAACAUGAUGCUCUCAGUUGUUUUUAUGGUUGUUUUACUAAAGUUCACACUGAAACUUUCUGUCCAAAAUUGGAAUCAUUACUUAGCCAACAACCACAAGAGAGGCUAAUACUAAAUAUUGGGUUAUUGACAAAGGACGCUGAAUUCAGAUUCAGUAUUGUGCAAUCUACUAUUGUUUGCAUCGUAGCUUAAGAGUUGCUAUUUUAAUGCUUCUAAUUGACAACUGAAUUUUGUUCUUUAGAAAAAAUAAAUUUCCAAA